GCGAGCGGGACAGGAGCUUUCAUCCCGCCGCCAUUCAAACCGCCCGGCGCAUUACACCGCGACAUGCUAAAGAUACCAGGACAUGACAACCCAUGCGUCAUCGGCGGCAACGGCAAAAAAUACCUUUUCUGUAAAGAUACCAAAGAGGCAUCCUAUCCAAGUCUUUCCAUCCAGGUAAAGACCGGAAAAGUAAACCGCCCAUCAUGAGGCUCAAUGCAGACCUCAUUAACCACUCCCUCUCCUACCUUAACCCUCUGAAGGAGCGAGAGCUCGACCUUCGAGGACAUCGAAUACCAGCCAUUGAGAACCUGGGUGUCGCCGGUCCGCAAGAUGCCAUCGACUUUACCGACAACGACAUCCUGACCCUUGGCAACUUCCCACUGUCGCCCCGCAUACGGACGCUGCUCCUCGCCAGGAACCGUAUCGUCAGCAUACAGCCCGCGCUGGCCAAUGCGAUACCGAACCUGACGAACCUGCAGCUGGCGUCGAACAACCUGAGCGAGCUGGCGGACCUGGAUCCGCUCAAGGGUUUCAAGAAGCUGACGCACUUGGUGCUGAUGGACAACCCUGUGGCGAAGAAGGAGAACUAUCGCUACUGGGUUCUUUGGAGGUGCCCAAGUGUCAGGUUUCUCGACUUCCAAAAAGUCAAGCAGGCGGAGCGGGAACACGCUACAGAAAUCUUUGGCACCGAGGCGGAGCCUACAGAGCUUGCUCUUAAGAUCAUUGGGACCAAAGCCAGUUCCUUGGACAAGGCUGCAAAGUCGGCCAAUGCGCCGUCAACAGCCGGCUCAAAGCUCUCCCGCAUCAAGCUCACCGACGAAGAGCGCCAGAGGCUGCAGGAGCGCAUCAAGAAUGCAAAGAGUUUGGACGAGAUCUUGAGGUUGGAGAAGGAGCUGAACGAAGGGAGGUUACCGGCUGGCAUCCAUGCGAGCGACAUGAUGGAGGAAUAAACUUUGGCUAUGGAAUUAACCCGAUUUAUAUUUGCGAAGAAACGUGCAUAUUACCCAAGGGUUGGCGUAUCGACAAGGAGUUACUGGCCCAUCUUGCCAAUGCUAUGUUUGUCUUUCACAUUCGGUUUCCAAAAGUUUUGCUGUGGGGUUUGACUAGAAGGUCUUAUACCAAGACAAGUAUUCAAGUACAUCAUCUUGUUGACUGCAUUACAGUAGAGCAUUGGCUGGA